AUGGCUAAUGUACUCAACUCGGCACGAUCUAUGUCACCAGCUGUAAGUGGACAUAGUGUGAUUGCUGUGAAGAAAUUUCAAGGUUUGUCUCUGGAACCAAAUAAUAAUGAACUGCAACAUCGACAAAGUAUUCGGACUCGUGUCGUGCCAUGCUUGGGCGUGAUAUUGUUGUUCUACAUGAUCACAAAAGUGAUCUUGGUGCCAUCUCCACAAAAUGGCCACAGUACCAUCAGUGAGAAUUCCGCGUUUGAUAUCAACAACAACUCGCAUCAUGUCACAAAUUUGCAACAUGCCGCCAAGACUUAUAACUACGCUGCCCGGGAUUAUCGAAAGACCACAAAUUCCGGCGUCAGUAAAAACACUCAAAGACAUUUCGUUAGGAACAAUAGCAAGUACAGUGGAAAUAAAUACGCGAACGUAUAUAGAAAUGUAAAGUCAGAUGCUAACAAUGAAAAUAGUUUUAAGACAACGACGACGACGACAAAGAAUUUCGACAGAUACAUAACGAGAGUUACGAUUUCUGAUGAUUUUUUACAGACGGAAAUUGGAUCAGAUCAAGCGGAAGCUGUUACCAAAGAAGAAGAAAUUAUAACCAAACGCAAAACAGAAUUAACGACAACGAAGCAAAUUGAGACGAGAGUCAAACGGAAAGUCAAGCUCGAGGAUGGCAAAGUCAUUGAAGACUCCGGACCCAUCAUUGAGACCAACACAACCGAAGAUCAUGAUAAGCAGGAGAGUGAGACAACAGAGCGUCGAAACCUGGGUCAACCCGUCGCUGCAGACCCAAAAAAAGCAAUCGAUUUCACGGAUACGAACGACAAGCUGGCACUCACGGAAGACGAUACCGCGUGCGAACGGAAACUAGUCCCGCGCCCAAAGGAUGGCUUGAUGCGCGAAAUCACCGAUAACGUCAAAGUGUCGCGGGAAGUUCGCAAUGAACGUGUCGAAACCGAGGAUGUUCAUCAUUUGGGCGAUUUCUCUGAUAAGGCUUAUGUCGCGGCAAUCAACAGUGGCGUAGAAAACGUUGCCGCAGUACUGUUUUCGGAAGAAGCGCAACGACAACUCGUACCGCAAGGACCUCGUGUCGUCAGCGAAACCUACAACUCGAACAAGGUAAUCGACUCGGAGGACAUUGAGACGAAAUAUUUGGCGCAAAAGGAUGGCACCACAAUAACGGAACAGAAGAAAACGACGCAGCACGAGGAGGAGUACGACGACGAGAUACCGGAAGCUGAUGACAAGUCAACCGGAAGUCGCGAAAAAAUCGAUCAUACGGAAUCGCAUCAAAGGUAUUUUAAACAGAGAGACGAACAACUUGUUGAUCAUGUUAUAGACGGAGAAGUGUACAAGACAGAGAUGAGAUACGCCGCAGAACAAGAACAAAUGGAACGUGAUGGCCCAAAAGAGGCCAUCGACGAUUGGGAUAGUCUUUCUGAUCGUCUCCGGAAACAACGACGCAAUCAAAAGUCAUUGUUGCAGCGACAAAAAGAAGCCGCUGCACUCUUGGAUCGCACCGACGCUCUCACAAAACGCCCCCUAGACGUGGAUCGCGAAGAGGAAACGCGCAAGACUGAAACCAGCAAGUGGUUAGACAGCCAUUUCGGAAGUGAAUCAAGUGCCAGAUCAUCCACGGAAGAAUCACACGAUGAUCUUGUCAUCGAACCAACGAAGAAAACCUUCUUCAAUGUCACGAUCAAGUCAUCGCCAACAACUCCAACGCCCAGCUCGACGCCAUCUCCGAAGCUAAUGUCACCUUCAAACCCACAAGUCAUCCUGCCGGAACGCGAAUCGCCGAAAAAAUACUUUCAAGGCAUCACGGAAUGGUCUGAACGAAAAACUCCGCCAGCAGCUCGUCCCUUAAUCUCGAAGGAAUUUCAGGAAAAACUUUCCGGGACACUUCAACGUAAUCAUCGUUUGCGUCAAGAAACGGCUGUUAAAGAGGAAUUGCGUCCCGUGAAGAGUUUCCCCUUGAAUGGCAGAGAAAGUAUCUUGAAAACUUACAAGGAAGACGAUUAUGCGACACCUAACAAGCCGAAAUUUGGUUCGCAAAUACGUUCGAGUGUCGAUUCCGAUACGGAAACCUUCAAACGUGAUGACUUGGGGUACUUGAGUGGUUCGCGAAAUGACGUGCGAUAUCGCCCCGAAGGUCUUAGCAUGAAAAAUUCCUUCUCAAAUGGACAUUUAACGCGUCAAGACUCCGGUUUUAUCCGCGAAUCGCGCGAAGAUUUGCAUAAAUUCUCACGAAAUGAGCCAAAAGAUGCCGUUGACGAUGUGCCAAUCAAAGCUUCGUCCAUCCAGCGUGACGAUUCUGCUUAUAUUUCAUCUUCCACGUACUUCACGACGCCUCGUUCGCGUCCCGUCAUCAACAGAACGCCCGAUAGCGGUAUAAAAAGUCCUUCGCCGCCAUCCCCGGAAACGACUUUGUAUCAUCCAACGGUUCCUGAACGCAAAAGAGCUCUCGAACGAAAGAUGAAAAGUACGGGAAAUUUGGCUCAACGUUCCCCGUCGCCAAUUAAGAGACCCGAACCACGCCCAGAUUACUCGCCACGGUCCCAAUCACGCUCCAAUUCGCCAUCGCCGCCCGUAAUUGCUCAAACGCCAACCACUUUGCAGAAGAAACAAUACCAAAAAACGCGUUUCUCCGAAGUUGCGACCCCCCGUAAGAAGGGUCCUGCUCCCCCGCCCCCAAUACCCCCGCCGGUUAUGCCACAAAAUGGCGCGAAAGACACAAAAACUAAAAAUGUCGGCGCUGCAAUUGGCAAUUCGAUCCGAAAACUCGUCGGAAAAAUCCGUUCAGCAAGCGCCGAGCGCAAAAUCAAGAUGAAAUCAUCAGGAAAACAUCGAUCACCGUCGCCGCAGCACAAACAACAACAAAAAAUACAAAAGCAAGAUUCCGUUAAUGGCAAUAACACGUAUCAGCAAUACAACGUCAUUGAUGGACACAUCAAUGGAAACAAAAAGUCGCAUUUUCGUCGCAGUACCGAAGGCGGCGAGCAACGCGAAUCGAGUAUCGGUAGCGGUAGUUUUGCAGUUAAUCGCAGGAAUUCGUCAGAUCUAGACGUGGUGACAACUAACGGCAACGGCGAAAUGAUAACGAGUCCCCGACAGAGAUACUAUUUGGGCGAAAAUCCUUACGCGGGAAGUAUUUACGGCAAGGAAAAUCGCUACGAAGGCGCACGACCCCAACGGAAUUUCAGUCGACGUCAGAGAUCGGAGGAGCCCCAACAAUAUCACGUCAAAUCGAGCUACCAACCGAGCAACACGACAACUCUCGGACGUUUCAGCAAAAGCACAAAUCGUCUCGUUUCUGACACCACAGAUUAUCGGAAUAAUUCUCAGACGUUGCCACGUACCUUGGAUCAUCAUCACAAGCCACUGCAUUCGUCAACGAUCAACGUUUCCGUGAUAAAUACGGUGCAAAAACCCUUGGCGAAUACGGGACCCGCGAAACCGGCUCGUAGUUACAAGGCACUAAAUCGGAGUAAGAGCUUCAAUGUGCACGGCUUGAACGGCACCGACGACCCAAAUCCCAUUUUUAUCGAGAAAAUUAACGGACAUCCGCGUUACGGCAGCAAUUUGAGUCACAUGAGCAGCAUGUACAAGUCAAAUCCGCAUCUUUCGAACGAACAACAACUCAAAAGUCCCUCAAUUGUGAAUCUAAUUUCGCGCAGCACUCGCGAUUUGAGCAAUUUGGGACCUUCGGGCAACGUUACACGACGCGAGGAACGUUACACAACAACAACAACGUCAUCCGGUAACUCCGUUGUCGAUGGAAAACGCAACAUUUUCCUUCGAGAUUUGCGUGAAAAGUCACCCGAGCUGUAUAAAGUCAUCAAUGAAGAGCCUCUGAGUCAUUCUUACAAAUUGCGCGAACGUGAAGCCUUUGCCAGAACCAAAAGUCCCGUCACCAUCAACAAAGAUACCGCAAGUCUCGUGCGUCGUGGCAGCUCCAGCACCGAGGAUUACAAUGAAACCUUCAACACGACACAUCAUUCGACGGAUCCAAGUAGACCGGGUGUCACAAAUACCACAGAGAGCUUUUCGCGCAAGACACUGCCAACGCCCGAUGGACGAGGACAACGCACCGUUGAGUCGCGUGAGGUACGGAGCAUCACGACAAACCGGUAUCGCGGCAGUGAGUCACCUGCAACUUUGAAAUACAUCGACAGCGUGGAUCGCGGAAGUGUUUCGCGGAACGGCGUCAAUGUCAUUAACAUCAAACGAUACUAAAUUGAGGGAAAAUUAAUUAAAAAAUUAAAUAUUUUAACAAGAAAAUUAAUUAAAAAUUAAGAAAAUUAAGUAAAAUAACAAACUUACCUCUGAAAAAUAUUUUUUAAAAUUUCCAUUUCUUUUUUUCUUUGAUUUUUUUUCACGUCUGUUAGUUUUUAAGAUUAAUUUUAAUUUUUUUGAUUAUUAAAAAAAAGUCAUAAUUACUCUACUUGCAACUAUUAAUAUCGAUUCCAUGUUAAAUAUUACUAAAUAAAAAUAAAUAAAUAUGAAAAAGUUUUAACUUUAUAACAAGAAAAAAAAUUAUUAAUAAAAAUAUCAAGUUCUA